CGCAUUAGAAGACACACCGUUCGUUCUAGACAGUCUAAUAAUAGUCAUCAUCCGUGCGUGUCUUGUCGACUUGGACAUUUUUUCCGUACUAAGAAUCCAAUCUCAUAAUGGCCUCAAUGGAUAGCGAUCCUAUGUAUACGGAACUGUGCAGUGAUAAAACCCUCAGCUCCCAGAAGGAAGGGUUCUUCAAUGCGUUCUACUGGACAGUAGCUGAGAACUUCACCGGGCAGCACGAGCACUGGCUGCGGGACGUUUUCGGCAAGGUGCAACCGGGAAACGAUGCGGCAAAGUUGCAGCUAAUUUACGAAGAUCCGGCGGUUUGCUUCGAAGUGCUGGGUACUCUGGAACAUGUCAAGCCGGUAUUCCGUGGUAAAGAUGCCAAAUUCAGCUGGCAACGACGUGAACAGGCUACCAAGCUGUUGAACGAGGGUAAAGUGCAGCAAGCUUUGCUGUUGGCCAGUCAAGCGGUUAUGAAAGCCCCAGGUAAAGGUGUGGAUAUGCACAUAGAUCAGGGAAUGACUCUGGCUUGUGCGUACUGGACCAGGGCCGAAGUGCUGAUUCGGAUGUUGGACGGAAAGCAUGCGUUACGGGACUUGCAGAUGGCAGCGAAAGCGGGCUUCCCGGUGAAAGCCAAUGGAGAGUACUAUGGGAAGAUGGCCAAGUGCUAUGCGCUUAUGGACGAUAUGAAACGAGCUGAAGUGUCGGCUAAGUUAUUCCACCAACUCGCUGGUUUCGACGAUUACAGAUUGCAGCGGCUGCGAGAAGAUUUGGAGGACUUGAGAACACUGAAGGCCGAAGACGCUGCAAUGAAACCCAAAGAACCAGAGCCGGUUCUUCCGGAGCUUUCGGGAGGAGUAAACGAAGAACUAAUGGGUGCCUCUAAGAAAAUUUCUCUCAGUGGUUCUCUCGAGGAUUCCAACAGGGGACGUUAUAUCGUGGCUGCUGAGGAUCUGAAAUCUGGCGAAACGGUUCUGGUUGAGCCGGCUUACGGAGCGUGCCUCUACCCAAAGUACUUCGGCACGCAUUGCAAUCAGUGUUUCACCAGAUUGGUUGCUUCCGUACCUUGCGAGCAAUGCUGUGGCGUGGCGUUUUGCUCUCCGGAAUGUCGGGAUCGUGCCUGCGCAGGUUACCACCGUUUCGAGUGUCAAUAUCUGGAUCUGAUGAUUGGUUCUGGCAUGUCGAUUCUGUGCCAUUUGGCAUUUCGACUGGUCACCCAAGCUGGUAGCCCGGAAAAAGCAGCCGAAAUAACCAAGAAUUUAGCACUGUGCUCUCAUGCGGAAAAGCGAAGUCAUGAGGACUACUUCCGGCGAACUUUGAUGGCAGCAUUUUUGUUGAGAUGUCUCCAGAAGUCGGAGUUUUUCGGUCGCCGUAAGACGGAAGCCGCUGAGCCAACACCGAUUGAAGCUAAAGUUGGUGGGGUGAUUCUGGAACUGCUGCAGGCACUUCAGUUCAACGCCCAUGAAAUCUAUGAAGUGAAGAUAGCCGGAGAUCAUCGUGUCGAUUCGGCCAAAGUGCAGUACAUCGGAGUUGGAGUGUACAAGACUGGAGCCAUGCUGAAUCACGAUUGCCACUCGGGUGUUUCACGAACUUUCGUCAAGUCAACUAUGAUAUUGCACACAAAUCGCCCUCUGACCAAGGGUAGUUUGGUUCCGGAGAACUACGGCAUGCACUUCUUGCGACAACCGUUGCCCGUCAGGCAGAAGGUGCUUCGUUCUCGCUAUUGGUUCAAAUGUGACUGCAAAGCGUGCUUCGAGGAUUGGCCGGUGUUUGAUAAGAUGAACGACAAACCAAAACUUCGCUGCCCUCAACCAGAAUGUCCCGGUGUGCUUCCGUAUGCACCAAAGGGAAAAUGCUACAAAUGCAAGAAGAAUGCCGACUUUGAGAGCACUUUCAAGAUCUUGCGCCAGUGUGAGGAUCUGUACGAUGAGGGGGCAAAGAAAAUGACCCAGGAGCGUUUAGGUGAAGCAGCACAAUCGUUCAGCAAAGGAAUCAACCUGUUCUAUCAGGUCGCUGUGCCUCCGCAUAAGGCCACUCAUGUAGCGGAGGAGUCGGUGAGGACGUGCUUAGCGGAUUUCGGUAACAUUUGCCGUGUUUAAAAGUUUUACCAUUGUUUGGUGCCGUAGCGAGGCGAAAACUUUUAAUGAUAGUUAAAUGUUAAUUAAAUGUGUAUUAAGAUUGAGACAUUUUAAUAUUAAAUAUUCAGUUAUGUUAUUCA